AUGGUCUGCAGGAUAGCCGCGCACGGUGGCGAGGAGCUGCUCGCUCUUCUCGCCGAAGCCUUCCACUACGGCGUCCUCGCCCUGGCAGCCUCGCUUGCCUACAACUACCGGUCUCCAAGCCUGGCUGCCUGGCCUCAUGGCCUCGAAGAAUGGAAGCAAGGUGAUGCGUCGAAGCAGGCUGGUCGCAAGUUUCCGUGCAGUCCGCUACUGCUGGUGAUGGAGAAGGUUGCGCAGCUUCUGUUGCCUCUUUCGACACCUCAAGACCCUGUCGCGGACAUGGUUAGCGCAGAAGGCAACAUGAUGACUCUCGGAGUGGACUUGUUUACCCGCUUCUCAGCUCAGUACUGGUUCUGGAGUACCCAUAAGUACCAGGAGGCUCUGGCCGCAGAGGUGGUGCGGCCUGGAAACCAUGUGAUCCAUCUUCAAACAGGAGCCGGCAAGACUCUCAUAGCCUUCCACCUGGUUUGGGAGGCCCUGAAACGGCAUCGCGGGAAGCUGGUGUACUUCCUUGCUCCUACUGUGCCCCUGGUCAGGCAGCAGCAUGCAGAGUUUCAGACAGAGGUUAGGGCGAAAAACUUGCGGAUGGAAGCUGGCAUUCUUGCUGGAGGGCGCAGAACAAACCUUGGACGUUGCCACGUGGUUUUCGCAACGCCUGGCUCCGUCCGAGCGGAUAUCGCAGGAGGGGAUUUGAGCGCGGAGGUGCACCAUGUAGUGGCCAAGCGGGGCAAUGGUGGGCAUGACUACUCGCACAUCGCGACGGCCUAUGCUAACGAACCACCGCUGCAGCGACCGAAACUCCUUGGCUUGACGGCUUCGCCUGCUGAAAGUGUGGAGCAGACAAAGAGGCUGCUGCAGCGCCUGGAAGCCCAGCUGGUGCAAGUGCCGGAGGAGUUGGGAGCAGAGCUUCGGCAGCAGGUGCCCUCAGCGGUGCUGCUCAAGAAGGCCGUCGCUUGCAGCCCAGAGUUCCGCGCCUUCAUAGCUGCAGCAGAGACCCGAAGAAAAGAGCUGCAAAGGGUGCAGUCUGCACUGUCUCUUGGCUGCUCAGGCUGUGUGACGACUGAGAUGAAGAGAGUCGCCGAGCUUGCUGCGCAUGUUCGAUGCUUCGGAUGGGACCCAACAGCCUUUCAGGACGUCAAGAUGCCUGAAGUUCCUGCGGAGCUGAAGCCUAGCUGGGACCAGCUGAGACAGCCCGCCCGACUCGGGCUUUCUCCGUGCUUUACCUGCCUUCUGUCCGUUCUACAAGAGAAUGUUUCUGGUGAGUUUCGUUGCAUCGUGUUUGUGGAAACACGAAACACUGCAAAGAACAUGGUGAGAGCCUUGAAGUCGGUAGCUGCAGAAAGAGCUGAGCUGGGCUGGCUCUUGCCUACCUGCCUUGUGGGCCAUAACAAAAGAUGUGCCGAAGAGGAGGACACCAUGACCAUCGCGCAGCAGACUGAGAUUCUCGAGGACUUUCGUUCGGGAAAUGCCAACGUGAUGGUGGCAACUUCCGUUGCAGAAGAAGGGAUUGACAUCCCUUGUUGCAACGUCGUUGUGCGACUGGAGCCGGCUCGGACGGUGAUCAAGUUCAUUCAAGCUCGAGGACGAGCGAGGUAUCCGAACAGUCGAUAUGUGGUCAUGUGUUGUGAUUCCGAGGAGGAGAGGCUUGUCGCAGAGGUAGAGGCACGCGGAUCCACUCUGCAGAAGGAGCUUCGGAACCUGAGUCCCUCCUCGACAGCUGUGAAUUGCUGGAGCACUCCGGGGCCGGCGGCACUGGAGCCGAUUUUUGCCUUCGAUCCGGCAGCCCGAACACACUCGGACUUUCCGAACGGUCUGCGGGUUAAGCUGGAGGAGAUGGUGGUUGACAUCGAUACCCUAAUGCCUACUCAGGCCACCGUCCGUAAGACUUUUUCUAAUGGCCGGUGUGUGCUGGAGACCAUGAUUCAGCUGGUGCGGCGCCCGCACGACAUCCCAAAACUUCCGAUGGUGUGGGUUUGCAAAGGGCCUGCGAAGCUGCUGGGCAGGCGGCGAUCUCCUGAUGUGGAUCCCGAGAAGGAUAUCUGGCUUUCUGCAGAUAAUCGCCGCUGCUUUCUGCUUAAAGUUAUUGCCCCGCUGUGUAAUCAUCACCACGUGCGUGUUGUCAGAAUGGAAUGGACGCAUGAGAUCGAUGCCAAGCUGAAGCAGUGCCCUCAAAAAACCGGUGCUUGGGCAACGGACCUGGCGAGCAUUGAGCGGGUCCGUCAGGAAGUCCUUGAGAGGCUCACAGGCAUGGAGCGACCUCCGAAGUGCCAGAAGCAUUGCGACCCGAAGGCUUUUAAUGCCAAUGAAGACUACGUCUCGAAGCUGAACUUGCACAUGCAGAGGCGAAGUCGACCACAUGCAAAACAGUCGGUCGCGGACUACGAAAAGCUUCCUCGCGGCAGCGGCAGUUUCUCGUACCGGGUGCUUGUUGACGACAGCGUCUUUGAAGGACACCCCCAGCCAAAGGUCAAGGCAGCCAAGCAAGCUGCUGCUUACGCAGCUUGCGACACCCCGCAGUUGAAGGAUGCAGUGCUCUUUGUCAUCGAUGCCUCCAGCAAGGACUGCCUUAAGCCUCUGAAGCCCGAUGGCCGUUGCCUGCUGGCCGAAGCCAUGGCAUCUGCGGCCUCGGUGCUGAAAGCCAAAGCUCCUGGGACCUUCGAAGACAAAGUCGGGGUCCUCCUGUACGGUGUCCGGGAGAAGCAAAACCCCAACAACUUUGAUGGCAUUCGACUGCUGCUGGACCUCGACCGCCCCAGUGCCCAGCGCAUCAAGCAGCUGCAGCAGGAGUCCAGCCGCACCCCUGCGCAGCUUGCUGAGCGCUACGGUGUCGGGCGUGCGGUGCCAGUUUCAGAUGUCUUCUGGACAUCUACGACUAUUUUCAAUUUGGGUGCAAACCAGGCGCAGUUCGACUCUCGCAUCUUCCUCUUCACGUGCAACGACGCGCCUUCUGCGGCACGGGAAGAACUGGCGGCAGCACGUACCCGCGUGCAGGAUCUGAUGGACAUGGGUGUGGUGGUGGAGUUCUUCCCCCUGCACUUCCCCGAUCAGGACUUCAGCAUCGAGCGCUUCUGGGGCGAGCUCCUUCCUGUGGACCCCACAGACUAUUUGCAAAGGGCCGCGGUGCGUCUGGAAGUGGCCUGGCAGAGUUAUGGUUGGGGAAUCGAGUUUGAUUUUGAGGAUUUUCGGUGGCCAAGACUUGGGCAGCAGCUUCUUCAUUCUGUCGAGGCCAAGCAUGACCUUUUUCCGCAGUUGCUUGAGGGCUGCAUUGUCAGUCUCAAGAUACACCAGAAUGUGCAGCUUUGGCCAUCAUCUUGUGACAUCAUGCCCCUUUGCUUUGCCUGCAGUCAUCAGACCAAGGAUGUAGAAAGAGUGGUGAGGAUGCGAACGCACCGCAAGCGCACGCUGCAGAGGUUGGCCUUUCACCUUUGCCCAGGUGUUGAAGCAUCUGUCUCUGUGUUUGUCACCAUGCUCGAAGCCAAAGUACCACCGCCCGUCUACUUGCUGAACGAGAACAACAAGCCACUGAAGGCAGAAUCAAAGCAGAUUUGUGAGCAGACCGGUGCGCUGCUGCACCCAGUGGAUGACAUCGCCACGUAUGUGGAGGUUGCGGGCCAUCGGAUCUUCGUAACGAGAGCAGAGACACAGGAGGCAAAGCACUUCGGCGAUCCCUCGCUUCGGGUGCUCGGUUUCAAGCCCCUCAGCUCCUUGCAGGAUCAUCAUCGCAUGUUCCAUGCCUACUUUGUCUACCCGAAUGAGCGAGGCUUUACAGGCUCAGCAGCUCUGCUGUCUUCUCUGGUCAGCGUCAUGCUGGAGCGAAAGGUUCUGGCCUUGGCAAGCUACGUCGCGCGGCGCAACAGCGAGCCAGUUCUGGUUGCCCUACUACCGCAGGCAGAGGUCGAGGAGGAUGGCGAUCAGAGGCAGCCACCGGGCUUCCACAUGGUGCGCCUUCCUUGGGCCGAGGAGAUAAGGCAGCUGAGUUUCCCCUUAGCAGACGGCUUCCCGGCCGUAAUGCCCGAGAACCUCAAGGAGAGGGCCAGAGAGGUGGUCCGGUCCCUGCAACUGCCCGACUUCGUGCCUGGCUGCGCGGAGAACCCGGUUCUGCAGAAGCACUAUGCAGCUGUGCAGGCAUUGGCUCUUUCAGAAGAGCAGCCUGAGGAGACCGUGGAUGUCCUGCAGCCAGAUGCAGCACAUCUGGAGACCAAGAAGCCGCUCUUCCUGGCCUGGAAGGAGGCCCUCGAUGCAGCAGCCCCGUUGAGGGGGAAGCGCGGGGCCGCUGAGGGCGAGGCUGCCGCGAAGAAGUUCCCUCGACGGGAAGCGCCUGCGGUCCCUGUAGACGUGGAGGCACCACCGGGAGCGACGGCAGUCGAGGGACUCUUGCCGACAUGA